UACAAGACUCACAUGUGUGACAGCGAAGUGUGCGCUUGUCGCUAUUCAGCAGAGUUAAACGCUUUUUUAUUUAGAGGUGUCGUGUCUAUUUCUCGUCUUUUGUAUCGCCGAAAUGAGUCCUGUGUGUGACAGCUGCGGUAAGCACAUCGAUCAAAUGAAUCAGCAGAUUUCUGUGAUGAGGAGAGAGAUCAAGAACCUGAGGCAGACGUUGGACAGUGCUAUCAGAGCUCAUCGCAAACACAUGACAUCCAUCCAGUCUGCGGUGUUAAAGAUUGAACCCUGUGAACCCGAUAAAGAGACGACGCCAUUACCACAUUCAUUUACAUCACCACAUACUGCAUUAGAGCAAGGAAACAUCCAGACAGUCCCCAUUGGUUACAUAAGUUCCUGUUUCUCUGCGAAGAAUGGGACCCCCAGACAGCCCACUGUAUGUGGCCCCUCUAGGGCAGAACUACGCAUCCAGCAGAGAGUCUUUAACAACCCUGAGCACGCUCUGGUGGGUUUGGAGCAGUACUCACAUGUCUGGAUCAUCUUCCUCUUUCACAAAAAUGGACACCUGAGUUACAAAGCCAAAGUGAAGCCUCCUCGUCUCAACGGUCAGAGAGUUGGUGUUUACUCCACACGCAGUCCACACCGACCAAAUGCUCUGGGCUUAACUCUGGCUAAACUUGAUAGAAUAGUAGGAGAUACACUACACCUGUCAGACAUUGACAUGAUUGCUGGCACCCCUGUCAUGGACAUCAAACCCUACAUCCCAGAGUAUGAUUCACCUCAAACCAGGAAGGUUGUGGACUCAGAGAGUCAUGAUUUAGACACAGACCAACUACAAUCAACAUCUUUGUCCCUAGAUGAGACUACAGACAUGGCAAAACUAGAAAAAGACACACAAACAGAUCCUCAGUUAGGCCUAAACACUGAAAGAACUAGUGAUGAAGAAGACUUGGAUAUCCUGCUCUCAAAAGAAAAACAUAGAGCUGAUACCCAAGCCUCAGGUUCAUCCAGGAAUGCUGCUCAGUUUUCCCUUCCUAAAAACCUCUGCAGUGUAUUGGAGGAGGUCAAGACAUUUGUGACUCAGGGUGAAGUUUACCAGCAGAGUUGUGAGAGUGAGGAUCAAGUUUCUGACUCUUCAAAAACAAAACCUUCACAGUCGAGUGCUGACCACCCCCACUUUGGAGAGGAGACUUAUGGCACCAUCGCUGGCUGGAUCAGAGAGCCUCCCGUUGGAAGUCUGGACGUACGGUUCACCCCACAUGCUGAGAGGGAAUUAGCAGAAUUCCUUCCUACUCACCUGCCAGGACCCUCUGAGAGUAACAGACCCAGGUUCAGGUUUCUCCGUAGCCCACAGGAAGCUGCUGCUGCCAUCAGAGGGGUUCUGUCUGCUGACCCUCGCUCAGUCUACAGGAGGACUCGCUGCAGAGACAGACUCUUCUUCUUCACCCUGGACACGGCUGAUAUCACCUGCUGGUUUGGACAGGACUUUGCUGAGGUGCUGCAGGUCCGACCUGUUGGACAACACAUCCCCUCAAUAUGAGAACUGAUACACUUAAAGCUAUAUUGAUACUUUUUAUAUAGCAAAGAAACAAAAAGCCUACUCAGUGUACUUCAGCUUAACUUCCUGAGUACUUUCGUGAUUCAGAAAUGUGUUUUUGGGUUGUGUUGGUUUAAACUUUAUCAAAGAACAACUGUAAAACCUGAAUCAACCAAAUAAAGAUCAGCUGAAACAGA